UUUGAAAACGCGGCCAUGGAGAUACUGCAGCCGGAGUCACCGGUGGCGGCCCAGGCCAAGGCCUGGGCGGAAGCCGGGGACCGGGAGCAAGCGGUGGCCGACGCAAGGCCGGAGGCCGGGGCUGGGGGCAAAGCAGGGCUGGAGGCUGGGGCAGAGCCCAGAGCCGGUUCCGGUGCCCAUGUGGUAGCCGAGGUGGACAUCCCUACGCUGCUCUGCCUGAGGAACCAGCUGAAGCAGCAGCUCAUGGAGUUCGUCACCGCAGUUCAUGCCGGUCAAGAAAGUCGCCUAGAUCACAUCAAUGAAGAAAGGUUUAUCAGGAAGGCUAUAAAAGAUUUGGAAAACAAAAUAGAGGAAUCAAAAACCUCUUUCCAGAACAAGACCUUAGCCUUGCAAAGGCUCCAAUUUGCGGCUGCCCUGAUGAACAAAGUGAAGCAAAAUGAUAAUGACUCACGACUGAUCAUGGAAACUUUCAAACACAUAGUAAUGGUCAGCAAGGAAAUAGUUGAAUGUCAGCAGCAAACACGUGAGAAGGAACAGGAAUUGAUGGACAUUAGAAAGAAAAGAUUCUCACUGAAAAAAGCUGGAGAACGGAAACUGCUGCAAAUUCAUACCAUGAUGAAAAAAGAAAAGGAGGAACAAGCACGUAUGGAAGCAGGGGAAGUGCUGGCAGAGUUACGUAAAAACUUCGAAAAAGAAAGAAAUUUGACUACAGUAAUUCAAAAUGUAUUCCAGAAUAUCAUAAUUGGAAGCAGAGUUAACUGGGCAGAAGAUCCAUCUUUAAAGGCAAUUGUCCUACAGCUUGAAAAAAAUGUCUAUUCUCUCUGAGUCAGGAGAAAUGGUGUUUCAUUUUUUAAAAAUAUAUUUAAUCAAUCUACUAAGAGUGGUGGAUUAAUAGGCAUCAUGAGACCACAAUUUAAAGAAUUUGAAUUUUUAACCUUUCUGGGAAUUGUUGAUCUUUCUGGAGACUCAGAACAUGGCCACCCAACUCUGAAGUUAAAUUUAAUUCCUGGUACACAGUAAAUACUUGAACACAUAGCAUAGCCAAUGAAAUCAUCUGAAGAGCCACUUUAUAGCUGUUUUGUCCCAAGUACUUGCCUCCCUCUGAAUGGCAGCAAUGACCUAAAAGAGAUGAAUAAUUAUAUAUGUCAAGCUUUUCUUUAAAGGUGAGCUUUCACAGAGGCUAUGUGAUUUCUGUCCUCUUCCCCUGGGCACCAGCAGGCUAGAGAUCCCAGACAGAAUGCACGGCCCUAUUUGCCCCUGUGGAAAGCCCAAACUGGAAAAUUAGGGAAGUCAGUCAUUGUCUUAUUUUUUUUAAUUCAAGCAUUAUGUACAAUUUUAAACACUGAAAAUGUUAUACUUCUAAUUGUAUGUAACAGACUGCUAUAUGGUGAUUUUAAGCAGAGCCUCCAGCAGUAGAUGCAACCUGGAGAUGUCUCAUGUAACAAAAUAUGAUAACCCUAUGGAAAAUGCAGGUAAAAUGGAAGAGGUAGCUUCACGCUAUCCAGUGAGCAGCAACGCAGUACUUAAAAUAUUUUAACAGUUGCAUUUUUGCUUUGUAUUUGAAAAAAAUUGACAAAGCCAUACCGCAGUGCUUCAAAAUACUCGCUUUUUAUUUAAUAAACGAAUAUAUUUUAAAAGAUG